CCGGAAGCUCCACGUCAGUCAGUUGGUCUAUGUUCUGCCAGUGCCAGCGUCGACCCCGAGCCAGCGGGACCAGGGACCCGGCAUCAAGCGAGGGAGUUCGGCAACGCUGACGGAGCCAUGCCUCUUAGACUUGAUAUCAAGAGGAAGCUAACUGCUCGAUCUGAUCGAGUCAAGAGUGUUGAUUUGCAUCCUACAGAACCAUGGAUGUUGGCUAGUCUUUACAAUGGCAGUGUCUGUGUUUGGAAUCAUGAAACACAGACUCUGGUGAAGACAUUUGAAGUAUGUGAUCUUCCUGUUCGAGCAGCAAAGUUUGUUGCAAGGAAGAAUUGGGUAGUCACAGGAGCAGAUGACAUGCAAAUUAGAGUCUUCAAUUAUAACACUUUGGAGAGAGUUCAUAUGUUUGAAGCCCACUCAGACUAUAUUCGUUGUAUUGCUGUCCAUCCAACUCAGCCUUUCAUUCUAACUAGCAGUGAUGACAUGCUCAUUAAACUGUGGGAUUGGGAUAAAAAAUGGUCUUGCUCACAGGUGUUUGAAGGACAUACUCACUAUGUUAUGCAGAUUGUCAUAAACCCUAAGGACAACAAUCAGUUUGCCAGUGCCUCUUUGGAUAGAACUAUUAAGGUAUGGCAACUUGGUUCUUCCUCACCUAACUUUACUUUGGAGGGACAUGAGAAGGGAGUGAACUGCAUCGAUUACUAUAGUGGUGGUGACAAACCAUACCUCAUUUCAGGAGCAGACGACCGCCUUGUUAAAAUAUGGGACUACCAGAAUAAAACAUGUGUGCAAACACUAGAAGGGCAUGCUCAAAAUGUGUCUUGCGCCAGUUUUCAUCCUGAGUUGCCAAUCAUCAUCACAGGUUCAGAAGAUGGAACAGUUCGUAUUUGGCAUUCAAGCACCUACCGUCUAGAAAGCACAUUAAAUUAUGGAAUGGAGAGAGUGUGGUGUGUGGCCAGUCUUAGGGGGUCCAAUAAUGUUGCUUUGGGAUAUGAUGAAGGCAGUAUCAUUGUUAAGCUUGGCCGAGAGGAGCCUGCUAUGUCCAUGGAUGCCAAUGGAAAGAUUAUUUGGGCAAAGCACUCUGAAGUCCAACAGGCCAAUCUGAAAGCAAUGGGAGAUGCCGAAAUUAAAGAUGGAGAAAGAUUGCCCCUUGCAGUAAAAGACAUGGGAAGCUGCGAAAUAUAUCCUCAGACUAUUCAGCAUAACCCGAAUGGAAGAUUUGUUGUGGUGUGUGGUGAUGGUGAAUAUAUCAUCUAUACGGCCAUGGCGCUAAGAAACAAGAGCUUUGGUUCAGCCCAGGAGUUUGCCUGGGCUCAUGAUUCUUCAGAGUAUGCAAUAAGAGAAAGCAACAGUGUGGUAAAGAUAUUUAAGAACUUUAAAGAAAAGAAAUCGUUUAAGCCUGAUUUUGGAGCUGAAGGUAUCUAUGGAGGUUUCUUAUUGGGAGUCAGAUCUGUCAAUGGCUUAGCGUUCUAUGACUGGGAAAACACAGAACUGAUACGCAGAAUUGAAAUUCAGCCCAAACAUAUCUUUUGGUCUGACUCUGGUGAGCUGGUCUGCAUUGCCACUGAGGAAUCAUUUUUUAUCCUUAAAUAUCUGUCUGAAAAAGUUUUAGCUGCACAGGAAACACAUGAAGGAGUUACUGAAGAUGGCAUUGAAGAUGCCUUUGAGGUCCUUGGUGAGAUUCAGGAGAUUGUCAAAACAGGGCUGUGGGUGGGUGAUUGCUUUAUCUACACAAGUUCUGUAAACCGAUUAAACUAUUACGUUGGAGGAGAAAUAGUCACCAUUGCCCACUUGGACAGGACAAUGUACCUGCUGGGUUAUAUUCCUAAAGACAACAGACUUUAUCUAGGUGAUAAGGAGCUGAACAUUGUUAGUUACUCCUUGUUGGUGUCGGUGUUAGAGUACCAGACAGCUGUAAUGAGGAGAGAUUUCAGCAUGGCCGACAAAGUCCUUCCUACCAUUCCAAAAGAACAGAGGACAAGAGUUGCCCACUUCCUGGAAAAACAGGGCUUCAAGCAGCAAGCUCUUGCAGUAUCCACAGAUCCUGAACAUCGAUUUGAGUUGGCUCUUCAGCUUGGAGAGUUGAAAAUUGCAUACCAGUUGGCAGUAGAAGCAGAGUCGGAACAGAAAUGGAAACAACUUGCUGAACUUGCCAUUAGUAAAUGCCAGUUUGGCUUAGCCCAGGAGUGUCUGCAUCAUGCACAGGAUUAUGGGGGUUUGUUGCUUUUGGCCACUGCAUCAGGAAAUGCUAGUAUGGUGAAUAAAUUAGCAGAGGGUGCUGAGAGAGAUGGCAAGAACAAUGUGGCAUUUAUGAGCUACUUUCUACAGGGAAAGCUUGAAUCUUGUCUGGAACUCUUGAUUCGAACUGGACGUUUGCCUGAAGCUGCUUUCCUAGCUCGGACAUAUUUACCAAGCCAGGUUUCGAGAGUGGUCAAACUGUGGAGAGAGAAUCUCUCUAAAGUCAAUCAGAAAGCAGCUGAAUCCCUUGCUGAUCCCACAGAGUAUGAAAAUCUUUUCCCUGGGUUGAAAGAGGCUUUUAUUGUUGAAGAGUAUGUGAAGGAGACCCAUACAGCUCUUCGACCUGCCAAAGAAUAUCCACUUGUCACUCCAAAUGAAGAAAGAAAUGUGAUGGAAGAAGCUAAAGGCUUUCAGCCAUCAGGAAUCAUGACCCAGGAAUUUGAUGAAGAGGAACCAACUUCUCCUGCUCCAGUCAUAGUGAAUGCAAUUCCAGCAAGUUCAGAACCAGCUCCAACUACAAAAGAGGAAAAGGGUCUACUUGAAUUGGAUGAUUUGGACAACUUGGAUCUAGAGGAUAUUGACACAACAGAUAUCAAUCUGGAUGAAGAUAUUUUGGAUGAUUGAACUUUUUCAUUUCACUGACCAAACAGAUCAUAAAUAUGCAUUAUUUUCACGUUUAAUCUGGACCACAUUGUUUUGGACUAUGAAAAACCAGGUUAAUUUUAUACUUAGAAUCUGCUUUGGACCCUUUGGAGCAGAAGUAUGCAACAUUAAAUCAUUAUGUGUUCUUGGUUAAUUUUGUUACCUAGACUAUGAACCAUGUCUCUAAUUUUUCAUAUUGUCAUUAGGCCAUAUAAAAAUCUCUUCAACUAAUGGAGAUGCUUCAAAAAUAUUUUUUAUGUGUAAAAUGAACUGAUGGUUUAAAUUAACACUGUGGUUACAUAGCUUUUUAUAAAAACCACAUGAAAAGUGACGGAGCAAUCGAGUACAUUUGAUCUAUUCUUCCGUAGAAUGACAAAAUUUUUUCUGCUUGACCUAAUGCAAAAUUUAAAAGGAAUUGUGUAUGAGGCUGUGCCUUCUAGUUACUGUGUCAGAAAUACACAUUUACAUUAUCACUUAGGCACAGCAUGUCCACUCUUAGUUUCUCUGCAUAGCUAAUUUGAGUUCCAUAUGCAUUUAAAAUUACAUACUUAAUAUAUGUAUCCCCCGCCCCCUAAUUGAACUGUAUUAAUUAUAUUCUCCUGUGGACCUACUACCUAUAUUUGAAUGCCGCCAAAUCUACAUCCAUUUUGAUUUGACUUUUACCCUUCCCCUAUGAAUCUAUAUUACAUUGGGUCUCAGUUUUCCUUAUUUGCCAAGUAGAUUGGUCAGGAUGACCUCUAAAGUUGCUAAAACUGAGAUCACAAUGUGAAAAGGUAUUUUGAGGUUAGUGUAGCUGCUUAGGAUAUUGUUGGUGUGGGUUCUAGUGACAGCUCUACCACUAGCUGGCUCUGAGACCACAGGCAAGUUAUAACACCUGUUUCUGUUUCUUCAUCUAUAAAAGGAGGGAAUUGUACAAGAAGAUCUCCAAGAACCCUCCCAGCUCUAAAUUCCUUGAUUCCCAGUGAAAUUUAUCCCUCCUUCCUUUGUUACACUCUGCUCUUAAAGGACCUUAAUUUUAGUGUAAAACACAUGCAUUGAUGUUGGGCCCUAAGACUGACCUGAAGCCAGAUAGAUGUAGUGUUAUAUCUCCUUUGAUUUGCUUUUUAACAGGGAUCAGUGCCUAAAGCUAAACUAAUUAAAUACCUUCAGGCAUCAUGGAACAAGUUAGAAGAGUUAUUUUCUGGGGUACAUAAAGGUGGUUGCUUGUAGCCUUUUAUGCAAGGCCUGUUCUGAAAAUUGCUUUAAUGAAAGAGAACCUUUAUUGUUCUGGGAACCAGGAAAUCCCAUAAUCUCCACCCUAAGGAUUAAAUAAUGAACACCGUGUGAUUAAGCAACUCCUAGCAAGGAGUCCAGUGGUGUUGGAAAAAAGUCAGAAAUGGGGAAUAUCCCCACUCCUCAGUGAUUCUGUAACUACAUGGUGUCCAUCUUUCAAGCACCUUAAAGUCCUUUCACAUGUAUAUUUCCUAAGUCAAGAAGAUUACUUGAAAAGAAAGUUAAGAAUUUUUGGUUUUAUUGUUAAUUUUUGGAGGGAAAAGAGUUAAGGACAGAAUAGCCCAAGUUCACAAAGAAAGUGACUGCCCCAGCUUCCUUCACUGCCCUCUUUACUCUUUGGGAUUCUUCACUGGGGCUCCGUGAAGCUCAGAUGAGAAAGGCUUUAAUACUUAUAAAGUUAGAUACACAUGAGUAUGGUGAAUGUGGGGGGUGGGGGUGGGGAGCAGGGGUGAAAAUGAGUUGCUAUAAAAUCCCUUUCCUCCAUCUACACCAAGGUGUUGACUUAGAUACUUGAGCGUGAUGGGUUGAGGAUUAAAAGUUUGGCAUUCUGGUUCCAGAUCUGCCACUAAUUAGCUUUCAAAAGCUGUCUUUCUUAAUUUGCUGCCUGCAAUGGUUAAACUCUAAACAACUGGAGGCUCAUAAUAGGUACCCCUGGGAAGGAAGCAUCAGGUUAGUACUAUAGGGCUUUGGAAGGCUAGAUGUUUCCAGGGUGUUUUCCCCAAAAAAAUCUCAACUUAAAAAGAAGAUGAAUUCCUUUUUAUUAAACUAAAGUAACUUUUACCACCAGAAUAAAACUCAAAAGUUCUUUUUACCCAGAAAAUAAGAAAGCCUUCAAGAGGUUCACAUCAUUUUUGAGGAUGGGUGUCAUGACAUCCAGUCAACAAGUUACCACUGUAAAAUUAAAACUGGCGACAUCAAAUCAGAAUCUGACAGAGACCUAAAAGAGAACUUCUAGGAAAAGAGACCAUUGUAGGGCUGGCACUGUGGUAACAUGGAGGGACCAAUGGGAAUUUAGUCAUCCCUGGGGAUCUUCUACUUUAUAUCCUGUGUGACCCGAAACACAUAGCUUCCCUAGGAUCAAAUACCAAAUGUUGUUUGGCAUUUAAUAACCAUUUGUGACAUGGCCUCUACCUGCCUUGUCAACUUUCAUUACCUCACACCCUUCCAUGAAUACUUCACUCUAGCCAAACUGGCCUUACUGUGACUCAUAGUACUUCAUCUUCCAUCUCUAUAACGCACUCAUUCUUCACCACGUCCUUUUAGGAUCCUUAGUUUUCUUCAAGGUUUCAGCUCAAGCACCACCCCUCCAACUACUAGUACCUAAACUCACCAAAUCACCUUGUAUCUAAUUUGUAUAUUCUGAUAUAUACACUUCCUACCCAUUUCCUACCCCUACUCUUUGCCCUUGUAUCCCCCACAUGGCUGGCACACAAUAGGUACUCAGUAACUUGACUAAUAUGACAUUGCAAAAAAUCACUUUUCUCCUGGGAGCCCAGCGUCCACAAAAAUAUAUGUUGGGCUAGAAUGGACCUUGUGCCUGCCAAGUAUAAAAUGACAAUUUCAUUUUGUUAUAUAAGAUUUAAUAAAACCUUGGACACUCAA